GCAAAUGGUGUUUGCCGGAAGGAAAAAUUGAACCAGGUGAAACCCCCGAAACAGCAGCUAAAAGAGAAGUUUAUGAGGAAACUAAUUUGACAAUUAGGGAUUUAGAGAAAGCCGGUAAUUAUUCUGGAGAAAUAUUAAUCAAAGAACAAGAAAAAACCUCUAUUGGAAAAAUAAAAUUUUUUGAACUAGGUGAAAUUUGGCAAAUUGACACUACCGAAGCCACCAGACAUUUUCUCGAAAAAUUAGCCAGCCAAAAAGCAAGUGCUUGCGAAAUAGCUCAG